AUGGCCAUCUCUGUUCCCAACUCCUGUAGCCCAACGCGGCUGGCUUUUUUGGACGACAAAGGCGGAAACCCGCCAAAACAGAGCAUGUGGCAUCGGUUGGGUUUGCGAAAAUUAUGGCAGGGCCGCGACGAUCGAGACACGUCUGCCGGGGAGAGUCAAGACGAGAUUUCUCCCCGUCCUUCUUCUGACAACCCCCGCACCAAACAAGACAACUUGACACGUCGACUGUCGCGAAAAGUUGGUGUCGGUCUACCGCGAACCACGCCAUUUAAGCGACAGAGCUCCGAUCUUGAGCGACUGGCUCCUCGGGAACCUGAUCACCGCCGUGCCCUCUCCGCCGACCGCCGCCCCUUGAGUUCCCAUAGAAGUAGGUCUCCACCACCAACCGUGGGCCCCCGACAGUCCGCGCCCGAGGUUCAGUGGCUCGGCCCGGUGCCCACAACCACGGUCGAUGACGCCCCCGAACCAAAAUCCGAAACGAACGAUGCCCAUGAGAUUAACGAUAUCUCCGAAAAUUCGAACCCCUAUCCCGGAAUGACGACGGAUACCUUCAACCCCCCAGAGGAGGACGAGGAGGAGGAUUAUGAUGAUGAUCACCACACAAUUGAUCUGGAUAUGGAGCUGGAACAACGGUGGAUUUUGAACCUGAGCAUGCACUUCCGAGAUGGAUCAGAGCGGGAAAAAUUCUUUGUGACGUACGCGGAAACACCGAAUCGAUGGCGCCGAGUCACCAUUUCCUGCGAUUAUCACGAUGCACCACCCUAUUCACUGGAGCAGGAACUGAAGGAGCUGCGGUAUCAGCGCGACAAGUGUGCACGGAUAUACGAAUCGAUUCGCGAGUCCCUUCUUGCGAUCCAAUUCUAUGAAGGUGUCACGAACCUCAGGCUCGAGACGAGUGAUGGCCGUUUACACGUUCAUGUUACGGAGGAUGUAAACGAAACGAUUCCCUACCCGCCCAUCUCCAGUAUCAGGCAUUUGGUUAACGCUCCUAUCAUCCCCGAAGACUCGUUGCACUUCGAAUCGCAUUUAUCUGGCUUUGUUUACAAGAUAACCCUGGAUGGACGCUUUUAUAUCAAGAAAGAAAUCCCGGGCCCAGACACUGUUGACGAGUUCCUCUACGAGAUUAACGCUUUACAUGCGCUGAAAGACCGUCCGAGCGUGAUCCAGGUGGAAGGAAUCGUGAUCGAUGAGUGGCGAGGUGUCGUCAAGGGCUUGCUAAUUAGCUAUGCAGAGAAGGGCGCAUUGGUUGAUAUUCUGUACGAGCAACGCGGGAGAACGAGCUUUAGACGACGCGAGCGAUGGGCAAAGCAGAUUGUCCAGGGCCUCUGUGAGAUCCACGAGUCAGGUUACGUGCAGGGUGAUUUCACACUAGCGAACAUUGUGGUGGAUGCAGACGAUAACGCCAAGAUCAUUGAUAUCAACCGCAGGGGAUGCCCAGUGGGGUGGGAGCCCCCGGAAAUUGCCGCCAAGAUCGAGAGCAACCAGCGCAUCUCCAUGUAUAUUGGGGUCAAAACUGAUCUCUUUCAAUUGGGCAUGACGCUGUGGGCAUUGGCGAUGGAGGAGGACGAACCUGAACGACAACCGCGACCUCUUCGACUGAGUGAUGACGCGAAGAUUCCAGACUAUUACCGACGGAUAGUGGAUAUCUGUUUAAGCCCGACUCCACGACAUAGACUCUCUGCGAAGGAACUUCUUGCUAUGUUCCCCCCGCUGCCGGAAGCACGGGUAUCCACACCCAUUCAGCUACUUGAGACUAUUACCAACAAUUCUAGACACUUGCCCAUUCACAGCAACUGGGCUCAGUCCCAGGAUGUUGGGCUUGGACUGACACCGCCAGGGGGCAUGAUAGAGCAAGACGACCAUUGUUACCUCCAAAAGGAGUUUUCAGGAAAUUCCUAUCAUGAUCUGCAAAACCCCGUCUUCUCUGAAAACCACGACCUCGUCAAGCGAUCGACAAUAACUCUCGCAGAAUCCAACGGAGACAUGGGAUUCCCAUCUAAGCCGUCUUCUUCAUCUACCUUGAAUCACCACGAACCUCACAACCAUGACGAGUACAUGGACUUCUCCCGCCAUUUCAAUGAUGGCUCAUCGCCCUACCUAGCCUCUGACAGUCAGAACCCUGAAGCUACUCCAGUUUCUGAGACAAGGCCAAUAGGCAGUGGCUUCCACAAUCACCCAGGGGAACCACCAGCCUUCCAAAAUGAGCCUGUCCAUCUCAGAAAUGUCCCCGUGGAUAAUCAGCAAGAGACAACCAAUGAGCCGACUUAUAAUCAUAAUUCCCGAGCUUCGCUUGGUUCUGCAAUCACUGCGCCUCUACUCCCGCCCUCAGUCAGCGAAUCUCUUGUUGAGUCACAGAAACAGGAGGCUCUCAAUCAACCAAGACCAGAGGCCGCCAAUGACAACGGUGACCUCGAAACCUCGGCCUUACCCAUCAACCCUACUUUACGUGACUCCGUUACAUCAAGCAGCACUCAGGCUAUCCCUUUUUCAACAACUUCAUCUUCAAUGAAGCAUGUAAACAAGGACAGUGUGGACCAGCCACGUGCAAAGGCCGCCAAUGAUAAGGAUGACCUUGAAACCUCAUCUUUGCCCCUCAGCCCUACUUUCCGCGAUUCGGGGUUUAGCGGCCUUCAGAGCGCCCCUCGGUUGACAAAGGCUUCUCCCAUCGAGUCGCCAAAGCAAAAGUAUGCAGAUUUACCACGUGCAAACGUCGAAGUCAAACCUAAAUUUACUGAACCAUCGCCAUCAUCAUCAUGUCUGUCUCGCUCAGAACUACCUAUCAGCCCUAAUUUCCGUUCUUCUGAAAAUUCCAUCAUGGGUACUACAAUAUUGCCGAACUCUUUGCCUGUUGAAUCGUCAACGCAGGAUAACCUGGAUCAACCAUGUGCAAAGGCUACCACCUAUAUCAAGCCCAUACCCACGAUACCAUCAGAUUCAACACCUUCACAAUCUUUCCCGAUAUCGCCUAUCAAUUCUACCCUAGCUCGCUCUGGGCCUUCGGUCGAGCUUUCGGGCGCCUCUCGAUCAGUGGAAUCUUCUCCUAUUGAACCUCCAAAACACACAUGUGCAAGUUCAACAUGCGCAGACGCCGAUAUUAAACCCAAAUUUACUGAGCUAUCGCCCUCAGUAUCAAGUCUGGCCCGUUCAGAAUUACCUAUCAGUCCAGCAUUCCGUUCUUCCAAGACCUCCAUUGACACUCUAAAUGGCCCCUCUCCAGAGGGUCCCUCUCCUAUAGAACCGUCAAAGCCGGAGCACGCGAUUGUGCCACGUGAGAACGAUACCACACCCAUAUCACCGUCGACGCCAUCUCGAUUUUCUUCAAUGCACAUUUCGAGCCUCCGUCACACCGGGGCAUCCAUUGGCUCGCUAGAUACACCAUUCGCAACAAGUCCAUCUGUCGUUGGAAUUGGACUGCUAAGGCGGCCAUGGGAAAAGCCAUCUGCAAAUAAUGCUGGUGUCAGACCCGCGUCGACAAUGCCAUCAGGGUCAGCAUCAUCCUUCGGGAACUUUCAGACUUCAAGGAUUUCAGAGAGUGCUAUUUCACCAGCUAAAGCGUAUCCCGUCGCAUCCCAGAGGAAGCAAUCUUUGGGCCAAUCUGGCUCAAAUAUAGCCGAUAUCAUGCCUGCGAAAACAACUGCAUCGAACCCCAACGCAAAUUUGCUUGGUUCGAGGCUGCCCAUCAGCCCCGCCCAUCCAAAUUCAAAGCCCAAUUCCACCCAUUCCGAGGUCGAUAUGGCACGUGCUGUUCAUGGCCCAGCUUCAAGUCAGACCAGGCCGAGCAUUUCAAGCCAGGCACGUUUUUCCUCGAAUCCAAUAUAG